CGCAUUUCUCUUGUCCCGCAUGUGUAUGGCUCUCGUGCCGAUAUUGAGGGCGCUGUGCUGAUGGAAGAGCCCAAGAGUUUGAACGGCAAAAGUGAACGGGAGCUUCGUCUCAGCGGACUCGAAUCGUGCGCUUGCUUCACUUUUUUUUCCUCUGCCUCUCUCUCUCCCUCUCUCUCAGGUCGAAACUAACCGCGACACAAGUGGCAGCUUUUGCAACAGGGGGUUUUAAGGAUAUUACAAUCUUCCUAAGCAUGCCGAACCCUCCUCGCUGCUCGUAAAUCCGCCUCAGUUUUGCUUCGCACCGCCACAUGCCUCACUGCGGAUGCAAGCGCGCGGCGCGGCGCUAUAAGAAGACAGCGAAGAAUGAACCAAACGCGAGUUUUAUAACGCAUCCGGACGACUUUUUCUAUCCUUUUUUUCUAUUCAAAUGACCGCAAGAUGAAAUAAUCGCUCCUCUCGGCGCUUCAUCACCACAGUUUCACUCAUGGCUCUGUGAAAUCUCCGCGUACUUCCAUCCAUCCGUCGUCGGGACUUUUCUCUAAGGCUGCACUUGAUGAUAAUGCCGAAAGUUUGGAUAUACGGCUUUAACAGUACAGUACAGUAGAUGUGUGUAACUCGAGGCGGGGUUAAAGUUCAGCUCUAUGGAGCGCUGAAGCGUCGCGCGCACUUCGCAGAGUUGGAAAUGUGAAAGCAAGAAGCAAGGCUUUAUUUUCCCUCUCUCCCUUCUUCUCUGUCUCUCUUUUUUUCUCUUUUCAUACACACAUAUACAUACACACCCCAUACAUUCACACAUACACACCCUCACACACACGCACACACACACACAACAUAUACAUCGCCAAUUCAAGAGUUAAAACCGACAGAUAUGUAUUCUCCGCUAUGCCUAACACAGGAUGAAUUCCAUCCUUUCAUUGAAGCACUGCUGCCCCAUGUGAGAGCGUUUGCCUACACUUGGUUCAACUUGCAGGCCCGCAAGAGAAAAUACUUCAAGAAGCACGAGAAGCGCAUGUCUAAGGAAGAGGAGCGAGCUGUAAAGGACGAGCUGCUCAGCGAGAAGCCGGAGGUCAAGCAGAAGUGGGCAUCGCGGCUGCUGGCCAAACUCCGCAAGGACAUCCGGCCGGAGUUCCGUGAGGAUUUUGUGCUCUCUGUCACCGGGAAGAAGCCCCCUAGCUGUGUGCUCGCCAACCCCGACCAGAAGGGCAAGAUGAGGAGAAUCGACUGCCUGCGUCAGGCGGACAAAGUGUGGCGCUUGGACCUGGUCAUGGUGAUUUUAUUCAAAGGUAUUCCGCUUGAAAGUACUGAUGGCGAAAGGCUGGUUAAGUCUCCGCAGUGCUCGAAUCCAGGGCUGUGCGUGCAGCCGCAUCACAUAGGAGUUUCCGUAAAGGAGCUCGACCUGUACUUGGCCUACUUUGUGCAUGCAGAAGCGGGGCAGUCUGAAAGUCCGAACCAGCCCAGUGAAGGCGACAUCAAGGACCAGCCAGAAAAUGGGCACCUUGGCUUCCAGGACAGUUUCGUCACAUCAGGUGUCUUCACCGUCUCUGAGCUUGUGCGAGUCUCACAGACCCCCAUCGCGGCAGGGACGGGGCCCAACUUUUCGUUGGCAGACUUGGACAGCUCUUCCUACUACAGUAUGAGCCCUGGGGCCAUGAGGCGCCCCCUACCCAGCACUUCUUCUAGCAGUUCUGCAAAGCGUAUCAAAUGCAUGGAGGAUGAGGUGGACAGCCCGGGAGAGGAGUCCUACUACCCAGGUCAGGGACGCUCGCCUGGAAGUGGCAGCCAAGCCAGCAGCUGGCAUGAAGUAGAGCCAGCUGGAUAUAAACUGCGUGGCUCGCUAGCUAGUUCGUUCAUCUCAAGACAAGGGAUGCCAUCGCCUACCACAUUAAAGAAGUCAGAGAAGUCUGGUUUCAGCAGCCUUGUGCCUUCGCAGACCACUUCCCCUCGAACGGCAUUCACACACCAUCAUCGACCUGUCAUUACAGGACCCAGAGCGAGUCCUCACGCCACGCCGUCAAGUCUUCAUUUCCCGACAUCGCCAAUCAUCCAGCAGCCUGGCUCGUACUUCCCCCACCACGCCAUCCGCUACCACCCCCAGGAGACGCUCAAGGAGUUUGUCCAACUUGUCUGCCCUGACAGUGGUCAGCAAGCUGGACAGGUGGGCUUCCUUAAUCCCAACGGGAGCAGUCAAGGGAAGGUGCACAACCCGUUCCUGCCCACCCCCAUGUUGCCGCCUCCACCGCCUCCCCCGAUGGCGCGACCCGUGCCCCUGCCCGUGACAGACUCCAAACCUCCCUCCACCUCCACCGAGGGAGGCGGCAACUCCCCCACCUCGCCAACCUACUCCACACCGAGCACGUCUCCUGCUCAGCGCUUUGUCAGCGUGGGCCCCAGAGACCCCAGCUUUGUAAAUAUCCCUCAGCAGCCUCAGUGGUACCUGGGCUAAAGACUCCCGACACGGACCUGCCGCUCCCGAGGUCACACGACCACCCCCUCUGUCUCCCAUGAGUACGACCCGCAAACAUGUACACCAGUCUGAACAGAGAGAAGCCACUUGCUGCCCCAGUACCGGACAGACCCACAGCAUGGCUCCAGCAGAACCCCGCCAAGCCCUGGAACAAGAGGAACCGACUCAAUGCGCUUACACCCACUUACUAUAUAUCUAUAUAGUCCAUAUGUAUUCUUCCAUAUGUAUGGUUUACAUGCCUAUAUUCAUAUAUAGUAGCUGUCCAGCUCUUCUGAGGGUGGAGCUCGAAAAAAAAAAAAGAAGAGCUUUCUUUUCUCGGAAACGUGCACGUUUAUUUUUCUUUUGUUUGUUUUUGUUGUGUUUUUGGUUCACCCUCACAGAUAGACGAGGAAAACGUAACAUGACGCAAUCAAAGAGCUUCCCGCUUCUGUGCCUGUGGUCUUAAAGUGAAUUCUAAGGCGUUUCCAACGCAGUCUGUGGCCAAGGGUCGCAAACCCACAACCACCCGGAGGUCGGAGCUCUGCCUUUCAAUCACUCGUGUUUUGACGGAUCAAUACGGUUUUCGUAUCGGUGAACGUUGGAGGUUUCGCCUGGGUCAGAUAUGCCACCAGCUAAAAAUCUCUAUUGCGUCUGCUGGCCAGGACCAUUUCCUCCCCUUUCCACCAUCAUCACCACCACCAUCAACACCAUGUCAGAUCAAGAACUUUCAAGGACUCAACCAAACCCAUUUUUUCAGUUGUUUUGUGUCAUUUUGGGGCAGGCGAUGAAGAAGUCAUGAACGGUGAUGUUUGAUACCAGGUCAUUUUACGGUAUGCUAACAGGAGAUCUCCCCACUUGGAGGCAUGUUCAUAUUUUGUGUUUUUCGUACAAAAAUCAUCGCGAUUCUUUCUAGUCUUCCUAAACCCCAGCGGAAGGUCUGUCACACACCAAGGGCCAAGUGAAGGUUCGAUCUUCCAUAAACUGCAAGAAAAGGUUAACCGUGAAUACUGAAUUGAGGAAAGUGCAAUUUUGUUGGGUAGAUGUUGGAUUGUUAAAUAUCUUUGUAAGAUAGAUCGUUGAAGCGAUUGUUGAAAAGUAUAUAUAUAAAUAUAUAUAUUUUUCUUCCUAGUCCGUUCACACCUCCAGGACUCUAAAAUAUCGGGGUACAAAAAAUAAAAAAAAACACGUAAAGAGGAAAAUAGAACAAAUAGCCUUGUGAGAAAUAAGGGGAGCUGUAAUUGAUUUUUCUGUUGUUGUUUUUUAUGUGUUUGUUUGCUUGUUCUUCGAUUGUUAGCAUUGUAGAGCAAAUAUCCCUUUAAGAAAUAUCAAAGUUUAAACAAUCAAUUUAGUUCAUUUCCAAAACGCUACAGCAAAUAUUUUAAUUUAACCGAGCACAUAAUGAAAUACGUAAGAAAAUUAGCCGUUUGCGAAAUCAUGAAUGAAAAAAUCGACUGUUUAAAUGCGAACGCAAGAGGCGAAAUACAGAACUAACUUCCUCGCGGACACUUUCGAAAGCGUCGUGCAAAAAUGUGAAGAUCCAGCUUCCCUCGCAUGCAAUUUUUGUUGUUUUUUGAGUUUUUGUUCGUUUCCUGUACGAAACAUAUAUAUAUAAAUAUAUACACUUACAGUCUCAUCCACCGUCGAUCAAAGCUCAGUAAAGUUUUUUUUUUUAAAUUAAAGAAAAUAAUCUGCAUGUUCUAGUCUUAGUGACAAAUUUUUACAUAGAUUACGUAGAGUUAAAGUAGUGUGAAAAACAUUGUAAUCCCAACAUCGGGCACUUGCCGAUCAAGUAUUUGUUUGGUCCUUUGAAAAAAGGGUAUUUUUACUGCUGUUCUCACAAUCAACCAGCUAAACAUCUCUCAGACUCUUCUUAGGUUGUCGUAAUUUCUAUAAAGUCUCCCUUCCUCCUUUAUUCCCGUCAGAUCAAUCGUUUUCAUAUGUACGCACUUCAUCGUCCCUUUUCCAACUGCACGAACAAUUCCACAUCGAUGUGCCUUGAGCGAUGGUCUAGUUCUGAGUUAUUGCACAAGUUGUAAUGUGGAGAUGUGAAUAUUUUUUGACCUUAUCACCCCACCUUCCACAUGUAGUCAUUUGGAGAGAGUCAAAUUAGUGCUAAUUGAUAAUACACAGUAUUGCUCUCCAUUUAACUACAUAUCGCCACUUUCGGUCGUCCGUUGCUUCGAAAGUCCCAUCGUUUACACUUCAAUCAGUUGAAAGUCAAUCAUUCGCCCAAGAAAAUGCGUAACGCGAAGGUUUUUGUGUCAUCGUGCCCUUUUUUCUCCGAUUUAACAGUAGUGUAUUGAUAUUUAUGGAUGUUGCUGCAAUUUCUAAAUGACGACUACUUCUUCUUUUUUCGGUCUUCCUGGAUUUGUUUUCGUUCCCAGAGAUGAAUAAUGAGGAAAAGAUUAAUAUGCAAUACUUGCUUGCACUCAUGUAGUCAUUUUUUAUUUUUUUUUUACCACCAAAGUGAUCACUUGACAGGUCAAGUGGCUGAACGUCAGUGUGUUUUUCAUGCCCAUGACACGAGAAAACGCCAUUGAUCAGCCUAACUUGGGUUUCACACAAACAAUCAUCAAUGUUUUCGCAUACUUUGUGUUUUUUCGGGCAAUCAACCAAGCCUUAAAAACGAGGAAACUUCCUUUCCAUCACAAACACACAAAAGCGAACACGUCCAGGACAAAAAAUAUGCCCAGUUUUUGUACAUUUUGACAAAGUUCCGUGUUAUAUUAAUUGUUUACCUGUUUAUUUUCUAUUGCAUACAUCAUUUAAGAAAAAAAAAAAACGAAUUAUGGGGACGAAUUUCCCAGGCAUAUGAUGUGAUGGUUUAGUAGUUACACUUGUGUGGGGGUUUUUUUUAGCGUGAUUUUUUUGUCAUUGUCCUUGCCUACCCUUUAGAAAUGAGUUGGGCAUUACUUUCUUAAUCGUCUGCACUAAAUAUAAAGUAAUGACAAUUGUGAUAAUUGAGAAAAAAAUACAGAAAAAAAAAAA